AUGAAAAUAUUUAAAAGCAAUAAAUCGUUAGAAAGAGUUAAUUUUGACAAGAUAAAUAAUGUGCAAAUAUAUGGCGAGAAUAAUAUUCACUGCAAUGGGCUCUUUAUAUCAGGGCCCUCAUUUCUUGCUGUUACAUCAUCGUUCCUUAUGAUGGUAAUCCCAGUUGCAAUAUUUCACGCCUUUACUUCACCGUGGCUUUUUAAAAAAGAUAUUUACCUUGUUACAGUUUUCAACCUAUUAUUUUUUGUCUUGACAAUAUAUACUUUUUUUAAAACGAGUUUUAUGGAUCCUGGUAUAAUACCAAGACAAAAUUCAGUUUUGAGUUUAUACGACGCAAUCAUCGACCAACGAAGAGGGGCACAACCUCCAAAGCAAAAAGAAGUUUUAAUUAAUGGCGUUUUUUACAAACUCAAAUAUUGUUAUACGUGCAAUAUAUAUAGGGGUAUAAGAACCGUUCAUUGUUCUAUUUGUGAUAAUUGCGUAGAAAAAUUUGACCAUCACUGCCCUUGGGUUGGGAAUUGUAUUGGUGCAAGAAAUUAUAAAUAUUUUAUUUAUUUUAUUUUUAAUUUGUAUAUUUUGAUAUGCAUAACAUUAGGAGCAAGUAUUUACAAAUUAACAAUAUGUAUGACUAUCUUAUCAAAUAAGGGGUAUAACAGUGAAAAAAUUUUUAUUCAUAUAUGGAGUUUGGCAACUGAUAGUAUAAUAUUAAUAAUAUAUACAGUUUUGACAUUAUGGUUUGUUAUUGGAUUAUUAUGCUAUCAUAUAUAUACGAUAGUAACUAAUCAAACAACUUAUGAACAAAUAAAAACUUUUUACCAAAAUGAUAAUCCAUUUAAUAUUGGCGUUUUAAAUAAUAUAAAAGAAAUAUUAUUUACGAAAGUUAGACCCUCAUACAUAAAUUUUGAAAAUCCAAAAUUACAAGUUAUUGAUCAAUAUUCUUCUCACAAUAUUAUUACUUAUAGUGAUAAAUGUAUAUCCAUAGAUCAAGGAAUUGCAAAUAUUUCGCUUCAGGUUUCUAUUGGUGAUAAAGAAUGUAAUAUUAUAAAAGAUGACAUAUUUGAUGAUAAUAUUCAUGAUGAAAUCGAAAUGAAAACAGAUAGCCAACUUUUAAAAAAACAUGAUGAUAAAUUUAUUGAGAAAAAUAAAAAUAUAACAAGUAAAAACGCAUUUUUAUCAACUGAAAGGAAAAGUUUAAAAGGAGGUAAUGAAUAUAAUUCACUUAAUUCUCUUGGUAUAAAUGCUGAAAGCAAAUCAAAUAAUUUUAAAAAUAAAAGAACAUCAAAAAAAAAAACUGAGAAUGUAAAUACUCCAAAAAUUAACAUUAUAUCUAAUAGAGAAAUUGGAAAAUCUGUACGUUCAAAAGAUUACAAAAAUAAAAUAAUAACUAAAAUUUCUAAAAUUAAAUUGAUAAAAACUAAAAAAAAAAAUUUUUCAGAAGAAUUAAAUAAUGAUAUUGAAAUUAAUAAUUAUCAAGAUAAAUGCAUCAUCGAUGUAAAUAAUAAUUUGGGGUCGUUGUAUAUUAGAAAUGAUAUAUCAUCAGGAAGUAAAACAAACAAUGUAGUAUUUAGUGGCAUGGACAAUGAAUUGGAUGAAACCUACUAUUAUUCUUCUCGGGCUAACAAUUUAGCAGAUAUAAAUAAAAAAAAACAAAAUAAAAAAUAUUAUAUCAUUUCAAUUAAUUGGGAAAAAAAUAAUACAACCACAAAAGGCGUUGAAAAUGAUACAGAUUAUUAUAAUGAUAAUAACAAUAAUGAUAUAUAUAAUAUGAAUAUACACAAGGAAAAAAUGAUAAAAACGAAUAAAAUACAUGAAAAUAUCCAUGAAUCAAAAUAUAAGCAUUAUAAUAAUAUAACUCGUGUAAGGAAAAAAGUAGAAUAUAAACUUUUAUUUAAAAAAAAAAUCCCUUUUAUUUUAAAGCAUAAAAAUAAAAUACAAACAUUCUAUAUGAUAAGCGACCCGAAAACAGAGAAUAAAUAUAUUCAUCCACAUUCUACUGAAAAUAUUGAGCAUGAAAAUCCUAGCGAAAUAUUAUGCAUUGAUAAUAUAUCCAUAGCGGAUAAUGAAAAAGAAUUUAAAAAAAUUAAUUAUUUAAAAAAAAAAAGUUCUCAUAAAAUACAUCAAAGCAACUAUAGUGAAGCAAAUACUAACAAAUUAAAAAAUGUUUUUAGUGAUAAAUAUAGCAGUUUCGAUUUUUUAAAUGAUAUAAAUUGUAAUAAAUAUGAUGAUACCAACAUAAUCGAUUACAAUGCCAAUCGUGAAAGCUUAGGAAAACUCGAAAACAAAGAAAGUAAUAAAAAACUGAACCGAAAAAGGAAGGAAGAAAGUAUUAUAGGUAUACGAAAAAAUGUUGUAUUAUGUAUUUAUAAUUACAAUACUAAAGGAAAUAGUGGGGAACUUCCUAAUAAAGAAAAAAAAAUUACUAAUUUAGAGAAAAAAAAUAAUUUGGAAUGCAAAAUUGUUAUCUAUAAUAUUCGAGAUAAAAAAGAAAAAUUAAUUACUUUAUUAAAAUAUAAAAGAAAAGGGGGAAAAAAACAUGAUUCGAAAAUAUCACUAGCAUAUCUUUCCCAAAUAAAUAAUAUGGAUCUUGAUGAUUUCAGUCAAAUUUACAAAAGGAGAUAUACCAAAAUAUACCAGUGGAAAUGUAAAAAAAUACAACAAAAGAUUAUAAGGAGAAAAAAAAUUAAACUUUUGUCAAGGUCAUCACAUAAAAAUAUAUACACAUAUUAUAAUAACAAUAAAUGCCUUUUAGCGAAUCUCAACAAUUUAAGUGAUUUUCAAAUAAAUAAUAAUGAAUUGAUUAAAAGGUAUUACCAGCAUAAUAAUUUAUAUUCAACUGCAAUUAAACACAAUCAGCUUGAUAAUGUAAAAUUAUACAGUUAUUUAACACAUAUGAAAAAUGCUCAAAAUCGAUUAGAUAUAAAAAAAAAAAGUAAAGCUUCAAGAUUUUUCGACUUAUUUACAGCAUUUGCCCUAAUAAUUAAUUGUAUAAAUAUACCAUCUAAUAAUGAUAACGAAUAUUGA